AGGAAAUAUUUACUGCUUCAUCUCUAUUUAUGUUAUAAUGUAUUUCUAGAGUGAAACAGUCCGCGUAGAUACCGUCAUCUUUGAAAAGUACGGGAACAACCUGAUUAGGCAAGCAAAGCUCUACACAGAUACAAUAGUGCAGAUUGCUCUUCAGCUGUCUUUUCUCAAAACCCAUGGAAGUUUUGCCCCAAUUUACGAAACCGCUUCGACGAGAAAGUUCUACCACGGAAGAACAGAAACUGUGAGAGGACGUACGCAUGAAAUGGUUGCCUUCGGUCGUUCUGUGCUUGAAGGAAAAAGCCUCAUAGAAAUUAAAGUGUUCUUGGCUAGAAACCUUGAUGUGUGCACUGGUACAAAAACAUUCAAUAGAGACUGGCAAUAA